UACGUUCACAAUCACAAACACACAUCCACACACGCCUAGACAAAACAAUAUAUAUGGCGUAACCGUUCUUAAAAGUAGCUAUUUUUUAAGGAAUUGUAUGAUACAGCUAGUUUGACAGUAUAUUCGUCAAGCUGGUGCAAAUAUUUAACUCAUCGCACAACUGAUUUACACCUGUUUACAAAGAGAGUCCCGGUUGGAAACUAGAUUUGAACUAAGCAUGGCUUCUCGAGGGAAAUCAGAAACUGGAAAAUUGAGGCAAAAUAUGGAAGAGCAACUUGACAGACUGAUGCAGCAGCUACAAGACCUGGAGGAAUGCAGAGAGGAACUGGACGAGGAAGAGUAUGAGGAGACAAAAAAAGAAACCUUGGAACAGUUGAGUGAAUUCAAUGACUCCCUGAAGAAGAUCAUGACAGGAGACAUGACACUUGUGGAUGAACUCAGUGGAAUGCAGCUGGCAACCCAGGCGGCCAUCAGCCAAGCUUUCAAAACGCCAGAGGUGAUCCGACUUUUUGCUAAGAAGCAGCCGGGACAACUGAGAACCAGGCUAGCAGAGAUGGACCGAGAUGUCAUAGUGGGGAAACUGUCGCGGGAUGUGUACACGCAGCAGAAAAUGGAAAUCCUCACAGCCUUGAGAAAACUUGGAGAGCAGCUCACUUCAGAGGAUGAGACUUUUCUCACUGAAAAUGCUACAGCUACUCUGAGCCAGUUUGAAAAAGUGACUGCAAACCUAGGCUCUGAAGACAAAAUUCUGGCUUUAGCUAGCUCUGGUGUGAAAACCAAGGCAUAGCAAUUCUACAAAAUAUUAAUUUUAACUCUGUGUCUUUAAUAUUACCAAGUAAGUAAAAAAAAUGUGCCUUUUGAUCAUUGGUUUUUUAAAUCAUCAGUGCACUUGUAGGUGUUGCUGUAGAUGCCAACACUUUUUUAACCAUAUUUGUUUAUAGCCCUUAGCUUUUGUAAAUGUCUCUUAUUUCUUCAGUGGCUUGUGAAAUUGUAUUAUAGGUACGAGCAUGUGGUUUUUGGAACAUGAAGACAUGUACAUGAAUGUAAAAGAUAGUCCAGGCAGUUCAAGAGAAAUACUGUUGUGAUUUGUGCUGUAUUUGUUAUUGGGUUGCUGUGUCUAUCAGUCUUAAAACCUUAAAUUCAACAUUGUUUUAUGAUGUAAAAUAUUCAAGAUGUGUUUUUAUUUAACUAAACUCUGCUGUUUAGAGGGA